CGAAGGGAUUUAUACAAUUUUCUCCCUGCAAAUAUCAAAUAUUCGAUGGCAUACUCAAAUUGUCAAACACAUGGAUGAUGGAUCCCAUUACGUACAUGAAAUUCACAUUGGAAAAGAAAAGGAAGAGAAGACAUGGACUUUUCUUUUUCAAAAAAAAAACUCAAAUAACCGGAGCACCUGCUAGUGCUACUCAGCUACCCUGCUAGUCGCACCAGAUGAGCGAGGGUCUGAUGAGCCGCCGCCCCUCUUCGCCGCCGCCGGCGGCGGCGCUCCUGCCGGAUAACGACGACAUCCUCCGGGAGAUCCUGCUCCGCCUUCCGCCGCUGCCGUCCUCCCUCCCCCGCGCCUCCCUCGUCUGCAAGCACUGGCGCCGCCUCCUCUCCGACCCCCGAUUCCUCCGCCGCUUCCGCGCGUUCCACCGCCGGAAUCCCCCGCUCCUCGGCAUCUUCAACACAGCUUUCUACGGCCUCCUCCAGUUCACCCCGACGCUGGACCCGCCCGACCGCAUCCCCUCCGCACGCCUCUCCCUGCAGGUGGGGCACGGCGACGAGAUCUGGGACUUCUUGGGCUGCCGCCACGGCCUCGCCCUCAUCCUCAACCAGACGCGCCUCGAGCUCACCGUCUGGGAUCCCCUUGCCGGAGACCAGCGCCGCGUGCCCGUCCCGCCGGGGUGGUUCCGCAACGAAGGCGCUGUUUACAACGCCGCGCUGAUCUGCAACAACCACCUCGCGGGCGGGGUGCCACUCGAAGCCUUCAAGGUGGUGUUGUUACGUGGGUUGCUCGAUGCUGACCACCCUCAGCUGUUCGCCUCCAUCUAUGAGUCCGAGACUGGUGUAUGGGGCGAUGCCAUCUCAAUUGCCAUCGGUGUUCCGGUUACUUUGGUGAAUCCCAGCGUCCUCACUAAGGAUUCACUUUGCUGGUUGGUUCAAGAGUAUGAUACUGGGAGCGAUGGGAACCACAUCCUGGAGUUUGAUUUGGAUAGGCAGGCUCUAGCUGUGUUUGGUGCCCCAGUGGGCACUGAGGAGUCAUGCUUGGAGCUCGUGCGAAUGGAGGACAACAAGCUUGGCCUCGCCGCUUUGUUAGAUGAUGUGACCAUCCAACUAUGGGAGAGGAAGGCCGGUUCUGAUGGUGUCGCCAGAUGGAUGCUUCAGAAAUCCAUCAAACUGGACAAGCUCCUUUCCGUGGGAUCGCCAAUUGUGGGAACAUUGAUCCAUGGGUAUGAUGAGAAUGGUCAUGUGAUUUUUAUAUCAACAAGUCUUGACGUCUUCAUGAUCCAACUCAAGACAAUGCAGUUCAGACAUCUGUUUAAGGCCAUGUUCAUAACCAGCUAUCAUCCCUACACAGGUUUCUAUACCACAGGCAGGGGCAUUGGCAGUGGGGAUGUUGGAGCUGAAUCUUUGAACAGUACAUGAUAUAGCUACCCUUAGAUCUGCUAGCAUGUCAUGUUUCUUCAAAAGAUGUUAAUCUGAAGAGACCAGAGUUGCCAGCCAAUGAUGACGAAAUCACCACCCAUGGUGCAGGGUCGUCGUUCACGGCAUGUACUUCAAGGGUUGGUUGAGACCCCAAAAAAGAAAGAAAAAUGCUGUUACCUACUUAUUACUUGUGAUUUACCAUGGUCUUUCAUGGGCGAAAUGGUAUUUGAGAACUACUAAUGAACUGUGAAGUGGGAUUGAUUUGUCAAACACCCAAACCUGUUGGAAGCUAUUCUGUUUGUCACUAGGUGUAUGUACUACGGUCAGGAACAGGCUGCUACUAACUUUGAUAUGUCGGGCUGCUCGGUGUGAAAACAGUGCCGAUAACGUUUCGAUUGAU